AGAAGAAGAAGAAACAAUAGAGAGAAGGGUCAAAUACAACAGCGUCAUCACCAUCAUCAUCAUCGUCGUCAACAACAAGAACGACGACAACAACAGCAAUACCAUCAACAACAGUAGUAACACCAUCAUCAUCGGCAGCAGCAACAGUACAGCAGCAGCAAUAAGAGAGGCAUUAAAAGCAGUAACACCAGCGUCAGUUGUAACAGCAUCGAUAAAAUCCCAAUCAAAAACAUCAACACAACCAUAACCGCCAACACCAGCGCCCCCACCAUCGAUAUAUAUUCAUCAUUAUCGUAAUCGUCCUCGUCGUCGUCAUCAUCAUCACGAUCAUCGUCGCCGUCGUCGCCAUCAUCAUCAUCAUCAUCAUCACCAUCACAUUCAUCAUUGUCAUCAUCAUGCAUCACUCUCACCCGCAGCUGCCAAACGAUCAUCCGUAGCAGCAACGAGGAAUACGCAACCAGAACAACAUAAACAACAGCAGCGGUAGCAGCAGUAGCAGCGGCAGCAGCAACGCCAACAAGAAAAAAUAAAACACCAACACAACAACAACAACAACAGUGACAACAACAAUAACACCGCUAGAAGUAUAAUAAUCAGAAACGAAAAAAAGGAAAAACAGAAAAGAAAUAGAAAACAGCUACAAUAACGGCAGAGGCAACGUUAACCGCAUCAUCAGCAUCAAUUGUUGAUUUCAGUACAGCUUCAGCUAUGACCGAAACUCCGUUCCGAAGCAAGCUGAUGUCUCUUAAGGAGGACUUAAAGAGUCACAGUUUUUGGAAGGCUAUCCGCUGUGAAUUCCUUACUACUUUGCUUUAUACUUUCAUCGGAUGUGGUUCUUGGACGUUAUGGAGACAAGAAGAGAAACGACAGAUCAUGGAUGAGAGACGGCUCAUCGAAUACGAAUUGAAAAUAGCACUCACUUUCGGACUGGCCACCGCCACGUUGGUCCAGUGUGUGGGACAUAUCAGCGGUGCUCACCUGAAUCCGGCCGUUACUAUAGCAAUGCUAGUCACGCGAAACGUCAAUGUGUUAAGGGCAAUUUUUUAUAUCACAGCACAAUACGCCGGUGCCAUUACAGGCGCUGGUAUUUUAUACGGAUUAACCCCACAUGAGGCGCACGGCCAACUAGGGGUUACAACGGUUCAUGCCGAAACACAAAGGUCAAGCUUUUGGUAUAGAAUUUAUGAUAACGUUUAUUAUGGUAUUUACGUUUUUUUUGCUAACCUUGACCCCAAACGUUCAGAUAUGGGCUCACGAUCACUUUCUAUCUACUCUUGGACAAUUAUUUGCCGUAAGUCUGCCUAUACAUUAUUAAUCUUCUUUCCGGAUUAUCUGUUACACUUGGACAAUUAUUUGCUAUCAUUAAAUUGGAAUGUCAAGUGAACAAAACCGAGUAUUUUCGAUACCAUUUGCUUUUUGCAUUUAAUCGAGGUGUUAAGGCCACAGAAGCUGCUCGUGUGAUUUGAGCUGUCUAUGGAGAAGGAGCUGUGCUUCAAUAUGCCGCCUGCCUUUGUUUUUCGCACUUCAAAAAUAGGAGUUUUCACCUCAAAGAAUUAUCACACACCAGUUAACCAACUGAGUUCGAUGAAGUGCGAUUGAAUCAACUUCACGAAAAUGCGCGUAAAACGAUCGGAGAAUUAGAAGUGUAGAUGGAUUGAGAUAAAAAGACUGUGAUGAACCAUCUUCACUCAGUCGGUAAGGUUCAGAAACUUGGCGCUUGGAUACCACACACUUUGAGCGAAAAUAACUAAAAUCAACGCUCCACAAUCACCAACAGUUUGCUCGCCCGAUAUCGCUCAACACAUAGUCACAAACAACUCCAAGAGCAAAACAAGACCUUCACCCACUAAAGAGUAUGUUGUGUGUAUGGUGGGUCUGGGAAGGAGGCAUAAUAAAUUACGAACUGCUUGAGCGCAACCAAACACUCAAUGCAGAGCUCUACAUUCAACAACUACACCGGCUCAACAAAGUAAUUCAGCAAAAACGACCGAAUAGGUGAAAUGGCGUUCUUCUGCAAGACGACAACGUUUGAAAAACGCUCAUGAAUUAUUUCUCAACACAAUAUAUUUACUCUGAUGCCUCACAUCCUGGAUGAUUCAUUUUGAAGACACUUCUACCGCUCUUGAGAAGUAUGCACUACUUAUUCUCAUUCAUUGAUAACGGUGUCACACAUGUUAUUUUUCAAAUCUCUCUGUUAGAAAAGAUGAUUACAUCUCAGAGAAUAGUAGAGUUAUUUUCAGUGACUAUGCUUUACUGAUGAUAGUACCAUUUCGCAGUCAUUUUCAUCUUAUAAUUAGUACAUAAUUUCUAGUACAGAAACGCCACUACUUUGAUGUGUCUGUGAAUGUACUUGGCUUUCGCCAAUUCCAUGCGCCCAGUGGCAAUACGCAUAACGAUUUCUUCGUAUUUUCCACAAAUUCUGCACCAUGCUCUGUUCCAUAGUUGAUGAGGUAAGUGAUGAAGAGUGAAUAACAUGUUGUAACGAAGAGUGAAAAUUAGACGACAUCUAUAUGCAGUCAGUUGACAGAAUGUUAAUAAAGAGUUUGACAGCACUCGUUAAUUUACACAAAGAAGCCGAAUACAGUAAAUUGGAAUAAUCUACGCGACUAAAAAAGCAAAACUAAAACAAAGAUAAUAUUUUAAUGAGAACCUUGAUUUUACCAAUUUCAGCUCGAGUAGUGGGAGCAGAGGGAUAGAGAUAUGAUGUGAGCCAGACUAGUAAGUUCUCCCUGAUAUAUGUGAGCAAGGGGCUUCAAAAAUGUUUUCCAUUAUUUUAGGAUUAUCAUUAUAUAUUGUUUCAUAUCAGUGUAGCUUCAAAUAAUUUUAUGAUUGUUCCAUGUCGUUUACAAAAUUUUUAACCCAACUAUUCUAUAAUGUCUUCACCCGUUCACUAUUUUUUACAAAAGUCUGUCGAACUACUUGUAUUGUAAAUCCCCACCUUUGUAAUGUUUAUUGCAUGUACGUACGAGCCUUUUGUGUUUUAUAAACAGUCGUCAUCAUCAAUCUUGUUGUUGAUGCUUUUACAACUCUUGUUGCCAUUCUUUUCUACUUUAGGUAC